GACACCUCCCCUUUAGAUUUGCUCCCGUCAUUAAUUCCUCCUAUGUGCCACUGACUGGGAGAGUUGAAAGGCUUCGAAAUCACACGGCUACUUUGUGUUUAUAACACUUUAUUUUUUCGCGAUGAGCUUGGAACUGUGGCAGCAGUUUUUUUCAUGACAAAGAACAAUCUGAGGGCUCAUCGGUCAGCUUUAGUACAUUCAAGGCGUCUUUCUGUUUUCUGCUCUCGCAGUUUUUCAAUUGCAACAGGUAGAGUCUUCAUCUAAGCUACCGCAGCAUGUUGGACCCGUCUUCAAGCGAGGAGGAAGGGGAAGAGAUACUGCAGGUGGAGCACAAAGAAGUGGCGGCCCCGAAGAACAUCGGGGGAGCCCGAUUGUCACCGGGCCGAGCCGCCGACGGCCAAGCCAACGGAGGGCUCCAGUCACGGGGUGGCGGGAGCGGCCGUGGUCGACCGUCAAGCCCGAGCCCGUCGGUUGGCAGCGACAAGGAAAAGGAGGACCUGGAAAAGAUUCAGCGAGAUGAGGAAGAGAGGAAAAAGAGACUCCAGCUGUAUGUGUUUGUGAUGCGCUGCAUCGCAUAUCCAUUUAACGCGAAACAACCGACUGAUAUGGCCAGGAGGCAGCAGAAGAUCAGUAAGCAGCAGCUACAGACAGUAAAGGAGCGUUUCCAGGCGUUUCUUAAUGGAGAAACUCAGAUUGUAGCUGAUGAGGCGUUCAUCAAUGCUGUACAGAGCUACUAUGAGGUGUUCCUGAAAAGUGACCGUGUGUCCCGGAUGGUGCAGAGUGGCGGCUGCUCAGCUAGUGACUCUCGGGAGGUUUUUAAGAAGCACAUAGAGAAACGUGUGCGCAGCUUACCUGAAAUUGAUGGGCUAAGCAAAGAAACAGUGCUGAGCUCCUGGAUAGCUAAAUUUGACACCAUCUACCGAGGUGAAGAGGACCCCAGGAAACACCAGCAGCGUGUAACAACCAGUGCUGCCUCUGAACUCAUCCUUAGCAAGGACCAACUAUAUGAGAUGUUCCAGCAGAUCCUGGGUAUCAAGAAGUUUGAGCACCAGCUCCUUUAUAAUGCCUGUCAGCUGGACAACCCAGAUGAACAGGCAGCACAGAUCAGAAGAGAGCUGGAUGGACGACUUCAAAUGGCAGACCAGAUUGCUCGGUAUGGGGGGAAGUUCCCUCGGUUUGUCUCUAGAGAAAUGGAGGCCAUGUACAUUGAGGAGCUGCGAUCCUCUGUCAACCUUCUGAUGGCAAACCUGGAAAGCAUGCCAGUGUCCAAAGGAGGAGAGUUCAAGCUGCAGAAGCUAAAACGAGGCCACAACACCUCCAUCAUGGACAUGGGCCAGGAGGAUGAGAAUGCGCUGUCCAAGUCUGAUGUAGUGCUGUCCUUCACCCUGGAGAUUCGACACCACAGUGUCUGCUCACACCCCCACAACCUCACCUGUAGUCAGUCUGGAAUCCAGAGCCACACCACUGUGCCAGCCUCUCUCUUCACUGUUGCCUCCUGUGGGAGUCCUGACACCCCUCCCCCACCCAUCACCUUCACUCAAUACCAGGUUGAGAUGCAAAUGAGGAGACUUCACUCAGAGGGUACCAGUGAUGUGGAAGACAUCAUGCCUCGUCCCUGUGCCAAAGACGCCACGUCCCAGUGGCCCCUAGGAUUACAGGCCCGUGGCACUGACCUCGCACAUCAUGAAGACCCUGGAAAGGCUCAUUCUGGACCAGCUGCGACCCAUAGUAAGACCACAUCUGGAUCCCCUUCAGUUCCCUUAUCAGCCUCGUCAUCUACCAUCAUCUACCUGCUCAAUCGUGUUUACACCCAUCUGGACCAGCCGGCGAGCUCUGUGAGGGUCAUGUUUUUUUACUUUUCUAGUGCUUUCAACGCCAUCAGGCCGACCCUCCUGGGUGAUAGUUGGGGUACCCAGGGCGACUUCACCACCACUCAGCCACUGCCUGCUGUGAAGGUGAAGCUGUUUACUGAGAGCACAGGAGUGUUAGCUCUGGAAGAUAAGGAGCUGGGGAGGGUCGUUCUCCACCCGACUCCCAACAGUCCUAAGCAGUCUGAACUCCAUAAGAUGACGGUGUGUAAAGGCUGCUCAGACAGUGACCUGAAGAUCAAACUGGCCAUUCGCAUGGACAAACCACAGAACAUGAAGCAUUGUGGGUACCUUUGGGCCAUUGGCAAAAAUGUAUGGAAAAGAUGGAAGAAAAGAUUCUUCGUGCUAGUCCAGGUAAGUCAGUACACCUUUGCCAUGUGCAGCUACAGAGAGAAGAAGGCCGAGCCUGUAGAACUCCUUCAGCUGGAUGGCUACACGGUGGACUAUACUGACCCCCAGCCAGGUCUAGACGGUGGCAGAACAUUUUUCAAUGCAGUAAAAGAGGGUGACACUGUGAUCUUUGCCAGUGAUGACGAGCAAGACCGUAUCCUAUGGGUGCAGGCAAUGUACCGGGCCACUGGUCAGUCCCACAAGCCCGUCCCUCCGACCCAGGUCCAGAAACUCAACGCAAGGGGAGGCACAACACCACAGCUCGAUGCACCUAUAUCUCAGUUCUAUGCUGAUCGAGCCCAGAAGCAUGGCAUGGACGAGUUCAUUUCAGCUAACCCCUGUAACUUUGACCACGCCUCGCUGUUUGAGCUUGUCCAGCGCCUCACUCUGGACCACAGGCUCAAUGACUCAUAUUCCUGCUUGGGCUGGUUUAGUCCUGGUCAGGUGUUUGUCUUGGAUGAGUACUGCGCUCGUUAUGGUGUUCGAGGCUGUCAUCGCCAUCUUUGUUACCUGAGUGAUCUGCUGGAGAGGGCAGAGAAUGGAGCCAUGAUUGAUCCCACACUGCUGCACUACAGCUUCGCCUUCUGUGCAUCCCAUGUCCAUGGAAACAGGCCCGACGGUAUCGGCACAGUCACUGUUGAGGAGAAAGAGCGCUUUGAGGAAAUCAAGGAGAGGCUACGGGUGCUUCUUGAAAACCAGAUUACACACUUCCGGUACUGUUUUCCAUUUGGAAGACCUGAAGGGGCAUUGAAGGCAACUCUGUCCCUGCUCGAAAGGGUUUUAAUGAAAGACAUUGUCACCCCAGUCCCACAAGAGGAAGUCAAAGGUGUGAUCCGUAAGUGUUUGGAGCAGGCAGCUCAGGUCAAUUACCAGCGUCUGUCAGAGUAUGCAAAACUGGAAGGGAAAAAGAGAGAGAUGUUUGAGCAUCCUGUCUUCUGCUUGGCCUCUCAAGUGAUGGAUUUAACGAUUCAAAAUGUGGGAAGGCUUGCCACCCCUGCCAAAAAACUGGAGGACACGAUCCGUUUGGCUGAGCUGGUGAUUGAGGUGCUUCAGCAGAAUGAGGAACAUCACGCUGAGGCCUUUGCAUGGUGGUCAGAUCUGAUGGUGGAGCAUGCUGAGACCUUCAUGUGUCUCUAUUCGACCGAGAUGGAUGCAGCUCUUGAAGUUCAGCCACCUGACAGCUGGGACAGUUUCCCUCUCUUCCAGCUGCUCAAUGACUUUCUGAGGAUGGACUAUAACUUGUGCAAUGGGAAGUUCCACAAACACUUGCAGGACCUGUAUGCCCCCCUGGUAGUCCGAUAUGUUGACCUGAUGGAGUCUUCCAUUGCUCAGUCUAUUCACAGAGGCUUUGAAAGAGAAUCCUGGGAACCGGUUAAUAAUGGCUCGGGGACAUCAGAAGAUCUGUUCUGGAAGCUUGAUGCUUUGCAGACAUUCAUCAGAGAUCUCCACUGGCCAGAAGAAGAGUUUGGAAAACACCUUGAGACCCGACUGAAGCUGAUGUCUAGUGACAUGAUAGAAUCCUGUGUCAAACGGACAAGGACAGCCUUUGAGGCCAAGCUUCAGAGGAGCAGCCGGACCACAGACUUCCGAGUGCCUCAAUCCAUCUGCACCAUGUUCAAUGUCAUGGUGGACGCCAAGGUCCAGUCAGCCAAGCUGUGUGCCAUGGACCUGGGGCAGGAGAGGCAAUAUCACUCCCAAAUCAACAAUCUAAUUGAGGAGACGGUGAAGGAGAUGAUUACUCUGCUAGUAGCUAAGGUAAAAGCUGCUUCGAAGUAUGUGGACGUGCCUAAGCCAGGGAUGGAUGUAGCUGACAGUUAUGUGACAUUUGUCCGUCAUUCCCAGGACAUGCUGCGGGAGAAGGUCAAUGAGGAGGUGUAUGUAGAGCGAAUAUUUGAUCAAUGGUACACGAGCACAAUGACCCUUAUAGGAACAUGGCUGACUGACCGUGUGGACCUGCAGCUCCAUGUUUAUCAGUUGAAGGUUCUCAUUAGAAUUGUCAAGAAAAAGUACCGUGACUUCCGCCUUCAAGGGGUACUGGACUCUACGCUAAACACUAAGAUGUACGAAACUGUAAGAAACCGACUAACCUUGGAAGAAGCCACGGCAUCGGUGAAAGAAGGAGGGAUGCAAGGCAUUUCAAUGAAGGACAGCGAUGAAGAAGAUAACGAUAACUAGAUCAAAAGAGUUGAAAUAAUAAUAAUAAUUUCAGUGUUUUGGUAUACUGCCUGACAGUCCACACCAGUCCUUCUAUAGAGUCACAAUAAUUUGGCCUGUUCCCUCCAUUGCUUGGUUUUAGUUUUUCUGUUGCCAAUACUUCCACAAUUCUGUUAAAUUUAUGACAUUUAUUAUUAUGUUUAUACUAUUAUGUAUCUUUAAAGACCUUCAAGUGUGUCAGUAAUCAUCACUUAAAAUCUUCAAAGCUAAAUUUCCAAAUAAUUAAGGCUAGUACCUAAAUUAUCUUUUGCCUUAAUUAUUUAGUCUUUGUAUUCUGUUCUUGUUUAUACUUUGAGAAAUACACAGUGUUGUCUCUACACUUCUGCUGGAAAAACUCUCAAGUGAUUUAGGCCAUUAUACUGUGAUUUCAAGAAAAACAGUAAAACUAAUACUUGUCUGUCUAUUCCAAAGUCUGCCUGCAAAUGCAGGAUGAACUUUGCACUGUCAAAUUCACAUUGUGUCUGAUGGAAGUGUCGCCAGAAAAUAUGGAUAUUUAUUUGUUGGUAUUCACCUGACCCAAAACAGCUAAAUUAAAGCAUUUAGAAGUUUUUUUUAAUGUUUUCCACCAAUAUGGAUGAGCGUUUUCUUUCCAUAUGAUAUGACUAUGUUAUACUGAAAAAGUAAUUAUCUUGUUUUGCUGCACCAGAUGUGAAAGUGAUUUAAAUUGUCUUCCUUUGUAAUGGUUCAGCAACAUUUCUCAGCUAAAAAAUCAAAUUAACGUUUUUUUACAUUAUGUGAUGUUACAGGAUGUGACAGUGACGGUUUUGCAGGCUCUAAAACAUGCUUUGUAAUUGCCAACAGCAAAUGUGAGACAACAAAAGAAAUUCAGCACAUUAUCAACAGUAAGACUGGUGGUCACAUAGAAUCGUUUUACACCAACAAAAAAUAUACAUUUGAAUACAUUUUUAGAAACCCUAUCGCUAGUGUCAUAUGAUAGGAACUGUGUCAGAUUUUCAGGAUGUAACAAGUGUUAGAGGUUCAACAUUACAAGUGUUUGGUUCAGUGUAAGAAUCAAAUGAUUCCUGUCUAGUAAUCUAAAUCUAAAUGUCAUGUGGAGUAUGGAAGGGGAGAAUGUGGAUUCGGAGGACAGGGUUCAAAAAUGGACCUUUAUUUAAAGCUGACAGGUGAAAAACAAAGUCAAAAAAUAAUAGUGGCAAGUGGCAGUAAACAAUGUCCACAAUGUCUAACACACAGAGAACAAACCCUACAAAAACACAAAAAUGGGGGUUCAAAUAUACACAGAGGUAAAACAGCAGGGAACACAGAUGGAACGAAUCAGGGAAAACAAGACAAAAGAAGUAGGAAAACCCAAAUAAUUCAAACUAAGAAGGCCCGAGAAUAUAAACACAAACAGAAAACCAAACAAGAUUUCAAGAACAAAGCAGUAAACGCUGAAUGGAAACUGGAGGGUGUUCUCCAACUACAGGGGUGGAAUCACACUCCUUACUUUCCCUGGGAGUGUGGACUGGAGAGAAGAGUUAGUCUGUUAGUCGAAUUUUGGAUACAAGAGGAUCAGUGCGGUGUUUGUGGUUUUCAUGGAACACUGAACCAGCUCUUUAUUCUCUCAAGGACAAUUGAGGGUGGGAAUUUGCCCAACUAGCCUACAUGAGAUUUGUGGUAAUUUGUCCACAUCCCUCGGCGUAUCCUGGAGUAUGUGGUGCCUGGUCCAUUGCUAUGACCUGUUUUAUCCCUCUAUAAUCAUUGCACGAGCUUUGUUUGCAAGUCGGCAAUAAGUCGGACUCAUUCCUGGAGCGUAUUGGACUCCACCAGGGCUACCCUUGUCACUGACUCGCUUUGUAGUUUUUAUGGACAGGUUUUCUAGGCGUAGCCAUGUGGCAGAAAGCUUCCACUUUUGUGGCCUCAGAAUCUCAUCUCACCUUUUUGCAGAUGAUGUGGUUCUUGUUGGCUUCAUCAGCCAAGUGUGAGUCAUUGGGAAUGAGAAUCAGGACCUCCAACUCUAAGGCCAUGGUCUCAGCUGGAAAAGGGUGGGGUCCCUACUCAAAUUCAGGGACGAGUUACAACCCUAAAUGGAGGAGUUUAAGUAUCUUGUUGACACGUGACUAAAGAAGGGAGCUUGACAGACAGAUAGUAGGCCGGAGCUGCAGUAAUGCAGACGCUGCAUCAGACCGUUGUGGUGAAGAGAGAGCUGACCUCUUGAUUUAUCAGUCAAUCUGCGUCGCAUGCUAUCUACGUGCUCAGACUGGUGAUCCAAAAUUGAGGAGCUCAUUUAUGUUAAUGUACUUAUACUCCUAAACUAAAAGUUUUGAGUAUUAUGGAUUUGGCUUUCCACCAAUUGACAGAGCUAGCUGGUUUUCUUUUAUUGCUAAACUUGGUGCCUAAAUAACAGUGAAAUAAAAAAAAAAUUGCAUGUAGCAAAAUAUCAAGAUGUCAAAUUUAAGCAAUAUGCUAUUAUUAUGUUAUUAUGUAUUUGCCCUGCAAAAAAAUGGCUUAUAUGUCACAGAUGCAGCCAACAGAGAGCUGGUAGAGAGCUUGUACUGUUAGAGUAUAAUUGUACUUUUUGUUUUUGUUUAUUUAUUUUUGGGGGUAAAUCGAUAAAAUAAAAAAAAGUAUGGGGUUAUGGAUGGUCCCUGAACAUUUACAACAUGAAACAAAAUAUGGAGUGCAUAAUCAGUUCAACAUAUGUAGUUGGACUUAAAUGAGGCACACCUAAAUGUUAUUAAUCUUUCAGUGCACCAGAUUUUUUGCAUGACUUGAAAUUGUGGCCACAAAAUAAUGUGAAGGAAUAAUGUGUUAAAUAUCUGUAUGUGUGUGUUUUGUGCAGUAGAACUGGAAGACUUGUGAGUUCCAGGGUCAUCACAAUACACACAAUCACUUUUUCCCUUUACAAAGUAAAUGAUGCACUGCCAGUAAUUUCAGUAUUUGGUUAAACAGCCUACAGAUAAAUAUAUGAGCAGCACAAGCUGUGUGCAUUCGUUUGAACAUCAACCUUGCAUCUCUGGCUUUUCCUAACUUUGUUUGGUUUAUGUAUAUAGUACAGCAAUACACUUGUAGUUUGAUUUUUAAUUACACUUCUAGAGCAAUUUUUUCAACAUUUUUCGCAUUUUAAAUUUUAGAGCAAAUCUUUUUUUAGUCGACUAUAUGUUUAAAUAAUACAGUUUAUUUCCAUUUGUUGUUUGUUCUUGAUAAAGUUUCCUAUAUGUCCCCGAGGCUCUAUUGCAGCAUCUAUGAGGGAAUUAAUCGUCAUUUUUAUAAUGGACGACAAGAAAUGACGUUUCCUACAACUUUGCUUUUCUCAGUUGUGUUCUUUACCUUGAGUUAUGUGUCAUACUGUAUGUAAGAAUUGCAUGGACCUGGUAUUUAUUUCCCAAAGUGUUUUUGCUCCAUGUGUGAUGUUACUGGGGGGUUCACCUUCUGCCUUCUUGAAAAAUCCACUGAGGCCAAGAAGAUUUAAAUAAAAGUCAUUGGA